AAGAAAGCAAAAAAUUACGCCAAAACCCUCCCCAGAAAUUAAGAAGAAGAAAAAAAAGGCACUUUUACUUUCUCCUCCUUCUUCUCCUCCUCUACUUCUCUCUGGAUUCUCUUCACAAGCCAAGUCCAUUUAGGGUUUUAUCCGAGCUCCAAAUCCACUCCACUUCUAGAGUUUAUCAGCAAAAAGCUUAGCUCUUUCCAUCUGGGUAACUAUGGAACAGAUCAAAUAGAAGAUGAAUAACUCUGCACCGGUUUGAGUAUACUGUGGAAAAAAAAAGUUGCAAUGGGUUCGUGUGAAAUUGUGGAAGAGAAAGACGAAGAAGUUAGAUUAGCAAAAGUACAUUCAGGGAGAUCUUCUCUGGGACGUUCAUCAAGCAAAGAUUCAGAGCGGAAGCAGCAGCAGCGAGAGUAUCACGGUUCUCUCGAGUAUGACAUCGACAAGCUUUUUCAGUCUAUACCCGUGAAACCACCGACGAGGAGGCUACAACUGACUUCUUCUUUCCUCGAGACGAGCGCGAGUGCUGGUCCUAGCAGGACCACAAGCCCUUCAAAGAGAAGCGCUGCUAUGAAGAAACCGUUGUUGGGGUCGCCUAGAGUCCUUGGGGGUCUCUCAGACUCGCUUUCUUUGAAGCAGGCUCUCAGGGACCGUUGCAUUUCCAAGGCCUCGGAGAUGGCUGCUCAGAAACGCUUGUCGAAAUCCGCAGCCGCUUCUCCCAGGGUCUCCGAAGCUGACAGGAUCAAGAGUCUGUAUAAUCAUCAGUCUACCAGACUCGGUCCUGCGGACAAGGGUAAAGGAACCUUGGUUGACGAGACGUCUUUGACGCCGGUGAACAAAGAUAUACCGAGCACUUCGAGGAGCGUGUCUCAACGGUCUGAAGAGCCUUCAACUCAAGGUGGAGACUAUGAGACGGAGUUAGAUGAAAAGGUUGUCUCUACUUCUGCGGAAGAUGAUGUGCAAGAAGAAGUAGACAAACAUGUUACCACCUCGCUGCCUUCUGAUUCAAGCAAGAAAGACAACGCAGCAGAGCUUGAAAAGAAAACUCUCUCAACCACUCUGGAGUUAGAACAGACAGUGAAGGUAAAUGAUGCACCGGAGAAAAGCAAAAGGGUGACAAGAAUGAUUCCACGUCCCAAGAACCAUCCCAAGAAGAAGAUUCUGGUUAAGAAGAAGUUAAAAAUCGGAAUAGUUUCAACCAAAAAGGAAGAAGAAGAAGAAACCGGUAAACUCCUCUGCCAAAGAUGCCACUGUUCGUUGAAAAGCACCAGCAUCAACAACAACCAACCUCCCUCCUAUACUCCUGAGGUUUGUUCAGACAGUUUGAGCUCUGUUUCAAACAAUGUUAGCCAAACCUCCGAAGCCGAGAUCGUCAUCACGAAACAGAACGUUUCCUCUAGCAACGACAGCGGCAACAAAUUCGAAUUCUCCUUAAGCUCAAAAGACAGUCUCGGCGACGACUACAGCAGGAGCACGAGCAUGAGCGAGGAGAGCAAUCUCAGCAGCAGCAGCAGGUUUAGCUGCGGGAACAAGCCUCACAUGUCGAUGGAUGUGAGAUGGGAAGCGAUCAAGCACGUCAAGGUACAAUCUAGCGGCGGCUCUUUGGGGUUAAGACACUUCAACCUUUUGAAGAAACUCGGCUGCGGAGAUAUAGGAACGGUCUAUCUCGCUGAGCUGAUCGGUACGAACUGUUUGUUCGCCAUAAAGGUGAUGGACAACGAGUUCUUGGCGAGGAGGAAGAAGAGUCCGAGGGCGCAGGCGGAACGUGAGAUACUUAAAAUGUUGGACCAUCCUUUUCUGCCUACGCUGUACGCUCAGUUUACUUCGGAUAACUUGUCUUGUCUUGUCAUGGAGUAUUGUCCUGGAGGAGAUCUUCAUGUUCUUAGGCAGAAGCAGCUUGGUCGAUGUUUCCCUGAACCAGCAGCGAGGUUCUAUGUUGCGGAGAUCCUUCUUGCACUGGAGUACUUACACAUGCUCGGUAUCAUAUACCGAGACCUGAAGCCGGAGAACAUUCUAGUCCGUGAAGACGGACACAUCAUGCUCACAGACUUCGACCUCUCGCUCCGAUGCGCAGUGAACCCAACUCUUCUCACCUCAUCUUCCUCUCCUCCUGAUCCCGCUAGAAUGUCAGGUCCAUACAACACAUCCAACUGCAUACAACCCUUCUGCGUCAACGAACGAUCUUGCCACCAGGUUUCUUGUUUCAGUCCAAGACUCUCCUCAAACCAACAACAACAACAACAACACUUGAAGAGAUCAUCAUCAUCAUCAUUGCAUUUGCUACCUCAGCUCGUGGCCGAGCCAACGGAGGCAAGAUCCAACUCCUUCGUGGGAACACACGAGUACUUGGCUCCCGAGAUCAUCAGAGGAGAAGGACACGGCGCCGCGGUCGACUGGUGGACGUUCGGUGUUCUCCUCUACGAGCUUCUAUACGGGAAAACGCCUUUCAAAGGCUACAACAACGACCAGACGUUAGCCAACGUUGUCUUGGAGAGCCUCAAGUUUCCUGACACCCCGCUGGUGAGCUUCCAGGCGAAGGAUUUGAUCAGAGGGCUUCUGGUUAAAGAGCCGGAGAACCGGUUCGGGUCGGAGAAAGGCUCUGCGGAGAUCAAAAGACAUCCUUUCUUUGAAGGGCUGAACUGGGCUCUUAUCCGUUGCGCAACACCGCCUGAGCUUCCGGAUUGCUACAACGACUACUUCGGACAGGGUUCACCUGGAGGCAAUGAUGAUAGGUAUCUUGAGUGUAAAGCCAUAGGUGAUCAUCUUGAGUUCGAGUUGUUUUGAAGUUAAAAAGUUUUCUUUAAGCUUAAGACAAGAGAAAUGUAUUCAUAGUAAAACGUUGUUGUAAUCUAUAUAUAUCUUGUAUUAUGUAAAGUGUAGCCUCUUCUGAGAUAUAUAAUCUCAUUAUGUUCCCUU